AUGAUUUUAUUAAAAACUAUCCCGGUUAUACGAUCUACAAAUCAACCAAUAAAAUUACAAGACACAUGGACCAGAAAAAUAAAACGCAACAAGCAAUCACCCAAGUGGAACGACUAUAAUUACAACACCAAACGACGACGCCAAUUACGACUCAACGAAAAUGCCAAUAAAGACGUUAACUACAACACCAACUACAACACCAACUACGGCACCAACGACGGCACCAAUGACUACACCAACUACAACACCAAAGACCAGAAACAACGUCACAAGUGA